AUGGAGUCAGGCCACUCAGCCGAGGAGGUCUAUGGGGCGGUCGUCGCCGUCGCCGGCUAUGCCCGUAGCAUCUAUGACAGGAACGUGCUGGACAGCAUCGGCGACGACGUGUUCCUUCCCAUGAUGUUCUACGACGCUUGCUUCCUGGUGCAGUACAUGCUCACGUGCACCGACGCCGGCAUUGCCCACAUGGACCCGGCGCUGCGCAGCUUCUUCGACGCCAACAACAAGGACGUCUAUCACGACAUCAUGCAGCUCGAGAACCAGCUCCCAUGGCUGGUGGUCAGGGCCGUCAUGGCGUUCAGGCCCGUGCCAUUGAAGGAGUUCGUCGCUUCCCUGCGAGGCUGUCUGCAGGACCGCAAGGACCGGCACGAGAAGCCGUUCGUCAUGGACGACGCCUUUGAGCCGCCGCACCUCCUCGGCCUCCUCCGGUACUACAUCGUCGGAAGAAGCGACGUCAAGUUGCCUACACUACCGGAGACCGAGUCGAUGUCCUUCUCCGUGAGUGCCAUCGAGCUCGCCGAGAUCGGCAUCACGCUGACGGCCAGCAAGACGAGCGAGCUUGUCUACAUGGGCGUCAACAAGAAAGGGAACCUCUUCGCCGAGCUCUCCCUGUCGCCACUGUCCCUGGACGACACGCGCGCCAGCGUGCUGCUCAACAUGGCGGCCCUUGAGCUGGAGGAGGACGUGCACGAGCUGCGGGCCAGGCGCGUCCUGCAGCGAGGAGGAGGGCUCACCAACAGGGAGGCGCUCCGCUUCCUGACGAGCGUCCAGGGACUGCGCCUUGGAUCACGCUACGUCCGCAUCAUGGAGGAGAUCGAGGACUACAAGGUGAACAGGAGGACGCGGACCAAGCUGCACGCGUUUGUUUACAGGAAUGUGAAAGUCAUCGUAGCCGUCAUCUCCGUGAUUGCUGCGCUUGCCAGUAUCAUAGGCACAAUCAGGUCUCUCAAAUCUCAAUAA